UCGCCCAGUUUACAAUUUUUCCCAGUGGUUUUGCCAUACUUUUCCUCUAUGAUGAAGCCUCGCCCUUUCUCGCAACCGGAAACAGCACCGAGAGAGAGACCCCGGGGACGAGUUGGAAUGCGCUCGAACAUUCAAUCUGUCACGUGACGAGGAACUGUUUCUUUGAAGCUUUGGAGAGGAGGAGUGAGGAAAUAAAGGCUAAGAGUAGCGGGCGUUUUUCUUCAGUUUUGCAAGAUAACUUGUAUUUCUGUUCAAAAAGGAACACUAAAACGAUGGCGAAAGCUUCAUCUGUAGCAGAUAGCUGGAUGAAAGAGCUGAAAUGCGCGAUUUGCUUGGAGCAGUACAAGGAGCCGAGAGUUCUUCCAUGUCUUCACUCAUACUGCAAAGCUUGUCUAGAAGGACUGCUACCCAGGGAAGGAUUGUCGUGGAGAGUGGAUUGCCCAUCUUGCUGCAGUAGUGUCGAGCUUCCUAAUGGAGAUGUUGAUUUACUGCCAGCAAAUUUUGUUCUUAACAAUCUAUUGUCCAUGGUCGCUCUUCACUUAAACUUGGGUAGAGGUAAUUUUGAGUGUGAUAGCUGUGACAGUAGUGAUGCCCCUAUCAACAGAUGUGCUACGUGUUGCCAAUUCCUUUGUGAAGUUUGCACUGCAGCACAUAAACGGGGGCGUGGCACAAAAACUCACCAUCUGAUGUCUCUUGAAGAAGCCAAAGAAGAGGGGCCCAUUGCUGUUGUUCGUCCAUCCUUUUGCAAAGAACACGAAGGAGAGAUGCACAAGCUAUUUUGCGAGACAUGCAAUGAGGCUGCGUGUCGAGAUUGCACAAUCAUCAAGCAUCGUGAUCAUAAGUGCAUUUUCAUUAAGGAUUACUUUGCAAAGGAGAAAGAUAUUAUAACUAAAAUUCUGUCAGAAACUAAAGCGAAAGCAUCCACCCUUCAGGAUGCUGUGAGUGGUGUUUCUGAGAUGAAGAGAAACGUACAGACCCAUGCAGAACAGACUGUGGAGAAUGUCACAAAUGUUUUUCAUGACCUGACAGCUAGCCUCAAUACUCGCCGUGAAGAACUGAUUAAUGAAGUAGAGGAACUGAAAAAAGCUAAACUAAAUUCCCUGAAUGUCCAGCAAGAGGAACUGGAAAUGGCUCUAGGAAUUGUUCAAAGCAGUGUCAGAUUCACAGAAAAAGCUUUCAAACAUGGCAGUGAGGUUGAGAUUUUGAACGUGCGUAAGCAAAUUUCCAGUAGAUUACGAGAAUUGAACACAGCUAUAUGGCAGCUAGAACCUUGUGCUGACGAUGCUGUUAAGUUUGAAGCUGACAACCAAUUGAAACAGGACAUUGAAACUUUUGGUGUCGUCACUAAUGUGGUGACGUAUGCCAGUGCAUCAGUGGUAAUCAUGGGUCAUGGAUCUGAGGGUGUGAUGUACAAUACACUGUGUGGACAGCCGGUUGAAUUCACCAUAGUUGCCAAAGAGCGUAAUGGACAGAAACGAACAGAAGGGGGUGAUCUUUUUACUGCAUGUUGUGAUAAUGGUAACGGGGUCAAAAUGUUAGAUGUGACAGACUGUGGAGAUGGUACGUAUAACUUCUCAUACACUCCAGAGCACGAAGGCCAGUAUAAAUUGGUUGUGAAGCUGCUUGGUCAUGAUGUGGUGGGAAGUCCUUUCUCUUGGUUGGUGGAGAAGUGGCAUCUUUUGAGUAUUUCAGGUAACAGUGAAGGAGAUAUACAACUGACUGAAAAAAAUUUGACAGCUCGGUACAAGCUGGGAGCAUCAGGUUUGACUUUUGGAAAUGGCUUUGUUAAUUCUUUUACUGGUAUUUCCCUUCCAUCUUCUGGUAGUACUGUAAGUGCUUCAAGCUUAGUGGGUGGUGGUGCAUCCAAGAGGUACCAUGGUAGCACUGAUCGGCCAUUUGGUGCCAACAGAUGGCCUUAUGUCGUGAGUUCUGUUUGUUUCAGCACUGGCAAGCAUUCAUGCAAGGCAAAACUAGUAGGCAACAUCCAGGAGGGAUGUAGUUUUGGCAUCAUAACCUCCAACCAAGGAUCACAUGGUACACUGGCCAAACUAGGAAACUGGUGGCUGUGGAAUUCAACACGAAUGAAGCAUCUGUGUUGGUCAUCAAACAUUCCUGUCCAGCAGAGCACUAUUGACCACUGCAUGAGCAAUGACGUCAUUGAAAUGUACUUGGACUGUGACAGCGGCACUGUUAUGAUGUACAAUCAACGCACCAAACAGUCAGACAUCUGGUAUGAAGUUCAGGGAGAUGUUUGCCCAGUGUUUCACAUGACAACUGAUGGAGAUCAGGUUUCUUUGCUACUUUAAAGCCUAAAAAUAUCAAUUAUUUUUGUCCAAAAGACCUGGGGCCUGUUUCUUGAAGGUCCCAAAAAGUUUUCGCACCUGAAAAGCCAUUAAGCAAAAUCUCAAACCUUAUGAUUACAGAGCUGCUUUAUUUACAUAAUGUUAAUAUGACCAGAAGUUUCCUUCAUAAAAGAAGUUUCAGGCGUUAAUACACCUUUCUAUUUUUAGAUACAGAUUAGCUAAAAAUGGCUAAGUUGUGGGCCAGAAAUGUUUGCAGGGCUUUCAAGAAGAAGGCCCCAGAUUUCAAUUUAUAAAAUCUCCUUAUCUCCAAGUUGGGAGAAUUUGCUUUGUGAGAUUGAUUUUCUCUGUGGUAUUGAUGACUUCUUUUAGGGAAUGGAAGUCAUUUUAAUAUGGUAUUGCUAAGGGCUACUUAGGAUGUUGCAUUUCUAAUUCUCACCACGUAAAUGUCCCAGGUACAUUACAUGUAAAACUAAAUCAAAGGUAGUCAAAAAAUUGAACUGAUACAAUCACUUUUAUCAGAGGCAUGGCUCUUGGCUGCCAAUGCACUGUUACUGACAUUCAUUGUUAAAAAUGUCUAUGGUACCUCUUAGUUUUGGAGAUGAUCUUGACCUUAAGCUCAACUUAGUUUUUUUUUCUAAAUUUCAAAAAUCAUCUCCUUAACUUUAAUACAGCAAUCAGCCCCCAUAGAAUUAUUUCAAAUACACCACAUAUCUCUUGUAUGAGACAACUAUGAAUAAUUUUCUUUUUGUCAUCAGUUUGUUAAUUCUCAUGACCUACAGGCUCAAGAUAUUAAUCCUGUUUCAAGCAAACUUUAGACUUGUUGGCUGAAAUAGUUUGUAAUCUUUGGAAUCAUUAAAAUAAGGAAACAUU